CCUGGGACAGACGUGCAUCCAUCUGUGCAGAGGCAGCGGUAGCAGUGGCAGUAGCAGAAUCGGGGAUUUUUCGUGGCGUUUGUCCGGUGCUCUACACACCCUGUGCUUCUUGAACCAGUAGUGGGUAAAAAGAGGGACAUCUGAGACGCGGCGGUCCAGAGAGGAGCAGGACAAUGGAGGGGAUGCAGGCAUACGGAGCCGGGAAAGCCGGAGGAGCCUUCGACCCUGUCACCUUUCUCCAGCAACCUCCGACCGUUCUUCGCAUUGUGUCUUGGCUCUUUUCCAUCGUGAUCUUCGGCUGCAUUGCCAAUGAGGGCUACAUCAACCGACCCAACGAAGUAGAAGAGUACUGCAUCUUUAAUCGCAACCAGAAUGCCUGUAAUUAUGGCGUCUUCAUGGGCUCCAUGGCCUUUCUCUGCUGUGUAGCCUUUCUGGCUCUGGAUGUUUACUUCCCUCAGAUCAGCAGCGUCAAAGACCGAAAGAAGGCUGUGCUGGCUGAUAUUGGGGUGUCAGCAUUCUGGUCCUUCAUGUGGUUUGUAGGUUUCUGUUUCCUGGCCAACCAGUGGCAGGUGACCAAGCAGGAGGACAACCCACUGAGGGAGGGAGGCGAUGCUGCCCGGGCAGCCAUCACCUUCUCCUUCUUCUCCAUCUUCACCUGGGGUGCUCAGACCCUCUUCUCUAUGGAGAAAUUAAAGAAUGUGUCAUUUGAAGAGGAGUACACCAAACUGUUCCCCCCUCAACCUCAUCAACCUUUUGUCUGACUCUUGUGUCUUCUCCUCUUGCUGCCUUAACCCGCUGUAGCUGGUCACACACACACACUCCCGUUCCCUCACACUGCAUGAACAUGUUUAAGGGCGCCUGAUUACAUCAAGUACUGCUGGAAGUGAGUGUAACUGUAAUCCAUGAGUAAGAAUGGCUGUACCACUACUGUUUCUAGUCCUGGUGGUCUUAUUAGUUCAGUUGUUGAUUAAUCGAAAAUCAUAAUUAAUUUACAAAAAGAUGUGUGUCUCUGGCUUUAAAAACUCUGCCUUUUAAGGGCAAAACUUGUGAAGAGAAGCCAAAAAUACAGUAAGCACACAAACGGAAUAUUAAUAUUUGGCUUUUUAAUUGACUAAUAAACCAUUUUGAGCUUGUUGUUUUUUGUUUUUGUUUUUUUCUCUUUUUUUUUGUAUUUCAGCAUCUUAGCUUUUAUCAAAUUGUUGUUCAGUAACUGAAGUAUUACAUAUUCCGGCCACCUGUAGCACCAAGCCUGGAGCCUUUAAACAAGCUACAAGCACCAACGUUCACCUGCCUUCCACUUUUCUGCAGUGCUAAAACCAUGAAAUUGACAAUUUUCUCAAAUAUAUUAAUACAUUUUUUUAUCUUUGCAAUGACCUUUUAUAAAUUUGUCAGAGUGCACAGCUAAUAUGGUCAUAGAUUUGUCUUUUUUUUUUUAUUUUAUUUUCCCUUCACAUCUUAAAGGAACAGUCUGAGAACUUCAAGAUAUCACAAACGCUGGGACAUAACUUGUUGAAAGUAGUGUGUAAAAAUGACAGACAUCUAGUGGUAAAGAUGAUAGAAAUGACCACAGAUGUCAAGGACAGUUGUGAAUGUAUGGUUGCCAUCAACGGCCAAUAAAUUCUUCUGAACGAAAACAUGUUUUCAUCUGUGAGUGGAUCCAGUGGCCUCAGGUGCAGCGAUGACUGCACUACAGGUAACAACUUCAACAUUGUGUCUGGAUGUACUGUCUUCUUCUAUGUGCCUUUUAAGGUGUUACUUAUUCCAAAUGGUUAUCUAGCACCUAACAAACAAAGCAGGUACUGCAGAUUUGAAACUCAGGUGGUUCUGAUGGACACACCAUAGUAUAAAUGGUAGCAGAAAAAUGGCAGCUGUCAUGUUUGUGGACCCAAGGCAAGUAGAUAUAAAUGGCUCAUUCAAGAGAAUGAAAACACAAGUUAUUUUAGUAAAGUAAUAAGAUACCAAUAAAAAGUAAUUUUUUAAUAAUAUAUUAGUUUACCUUCAUUAACCUUUGAUUUUGUCACAUACGUUCCCUUUACAGAGCUUUUGGUUGUUAUCCUUAGACUGAGCUGAGAACAGACCUUGAAGAUUUUUCAUCUAAAACAGUGAAAUGGUUUUCAUGUCUUUAGUUUUAUAUAUGAAAGUUUCUCUGUGUUACUCUAUGCAUGGGCAUGCUUUCUCUUCUUUAGCUGUUUCAUUAGGUUUAGCUGGUAGACAUGCUAUAAUAAGGUUCUUUGAGAGGCUGUUUGUAAUGGUGCAAUUUCUUAAACAGUUUACUUAAUUCAAAUGGCAAUAACACUUCCAUUUCAGAGUCACUGGAUAUUUAUGGCUAUGCUGUUUAACAGUGCAGUUCCUCGGCUAUUUAGCACACUGAAGCCGCUUGAUUGUAUGAUUAUCCACUUUAGACUAAAGAGGUGUUGAGGUUGUGCUUCUCAUUAUGGAGCUGAACAAUGUACAUAGCCUUUUGCACUGCUGCCUUCAAAAAGUAACCCGCUGUGACCGACUAAUGACUUAUUCAAACUAAUAAGCUUCACAAGCUUUCCAGCCAACUAAUCAGUGCUUUCUUCUUUCUCUCUUUUGUUUCUCUUCUCCCAAACUCUACUCUCUACUCUAACACAACUGCUUUAACACCCCACCCCCCAAAACCAUUCAAUUGCUAUCUAUGUGCCUUUUUUGCCAUCCUGUCCAUCUCCAUCUCCGAUCAUCUGUCCUGCAUCUCUAAGGCCGGCCAGUCUUUCUUGGCCUUCCAGAGAUAUAAGCUGGGAGCCGAUUCGGCCCUCUUCUCCCAAGACUACACUGACCCCAGCCAGGAUGCA